AUGGAAUUUUGCAAUAUGAUAGGGUGGAAUGUGAGGGGUAUGAAUAAAAAGGAUAAGCAAAAUGCUAUUCUUAGUAUUUGUAGGGAGAAUAAGGUUGGUUUUGGAGCUUUCUUUGAGACUACGUUGAAACAUGAGAAAAUUAAAGAAGUUUUUGAGAAUAAUUUUCACAAUUGGGAUUAUUUUUCUAGUCCUAUUGUUUCUGGUAGGAUCUUAGUUGUUUGGCAAACUAAAUUUGUGAAGGUUGAUAUAUUGCUUGAAGAUCCCCAACUUGUCCAUUGUAGGAUCAAAGUGAGUGGCCAGCAGGAAUUUUUCUUUGCUACAGUGGUUUAUGGUAGCAAUUCCAUGGGGGAGAGGAAGCUUCUUUGGGAUAAAUUAGCUAGUAUUGGUCAAUUAAAGUCUCCUUGGAUAAUUUUUGGAUAUUUCAAUGCCAUGUUUAGCUACCAAGAUAGGAUUGGUAGGAGACGAGUCCUUGCUAAGGACAUAGCUGUUGCUCAAGAUUGGUUGGCUUUAGGCCAAGUUGAGGAACUUAAGUGUGAGGGUGCUCCCUAUUCUUGGACGAACAAACAGGAGGCAGGAGAUCGUAUUUUUUCUAAGUUAGAUAGAGUGUUUAUCAAUGAUCUGUGGCUGGAUGUUUUUCCGAAAUCUGAAGCUCGCUUCAAAUGGGACUGCAUUUCUGAUCACAGUUUCUGUGUGAUUCGUAAUCAAGAAGUUAAUGGUGUGGGAUUUAUCCCUUUUCGUUUUGGUAACCACUGGAUGCAGUAUAGAGGCUAUAGAGAAGCUGUUAUUCACUAUUGGAAUGCACCAGUUGUUUCUGGUGGAGGUCUCAGCAAGAUAAUUCAGAAAUUAUUUCGGGUGAAGCAUACUUUGAAAAGGUUUAACAGAGAGGAGGUUGGUGAUAUUGUUUUGAGUUAUAAGAAGGCCAAGGAGGAGUAUAGUAGAGUUCAGGAGGCUCUGGCUUCUAAUCCUUCAGACAUGUCUCUGCUUCAUUCGGGAAACAGAUUGUCUCUGGAUCUCCAAGUCAGACUUCUGAGACCAUUUACCAAGAAUGAUGUGAAGAAGGCUCUAUUUAGCAUUCACUCCUAUAAAAGUCCUGGUUUGGAUGGUUUUGGCUCGGGAUUUUUUAAGGGGUUAUGGUCAGAUAUUGGUGCUGAGAUUACUUCUGCAGUGUUGGAUUUCUUUCAUGAUGGUUGCUUUCCGAAGGAUUUGAAUGAAACUGUAAUUUCCCUUAUCCCUAAGCUUGCUAAUCCAUGUUCAGCUAGUGACUAUCGUCCUAUUGCGUGUUGUAACACUCUCUAUAAGUGUAUAUCGAAGAUGAUUUGCUCUAGACUUUCGGAAGUGCUUCCCUUUCUUGUUCAUAGUAAUCAAGGGGCAUUUAUUAAAAAUAGAGUUCUAGCUCAUAAUAUUAUGAUAUUCCAAGAUCUCCUCAAAGGUUAUACUAGAAAGAAUAUUUCAGCUAGAUGUUUAAUGAAGAUUGAUUUGAGUAAGGCUUACGACACAGUUGAUUGGCAUUUUGUGGAGGAGUUGCUUAAACAUCUGUGUUUUCCCUCUAGAUUUAUUGGCUGGAUUCUAGUUUGCUUAAAAGGUACCAAGUACAAUCUGUUAAUGAAUGGGAGAAUUCAGGGCUCCUUCAAAGGGGAAAAAGGCCUAAGGCAAGGGGAGCCCAUGUCUCCUCUCUUGUUUGUUCUCAUUAUGGAGUACCUCACUCGUUUAUUAGCUCAUUACUCUGACAAGAAAGGCUUUGGUUAUCAUCCUUUGUGUAAACAUCUUAGGUUGAUUAACCUCUGUUUUGCAGAUGAUUUGAUUAUCUUUUGUAAAGGUAAUGUCAGUUCAGUGAGUAAGAUUCAUGAAGCCUUCUCUGCGUUUUGUGAUGCUUCUGGGCUUUCUGCGAAUAAAUCUAAGUCCCAUAUCUAUUUUGGAGGGGUGAAGGAGUCUACCAAAGCUCAGAUUCUUGAGAUGUUGCAAAUGGAAGAAGGCUCCUUUCCUUUGAAGUACUUGGGAGUUCCUCUUCGGCCCACCAAGUGGAAGGCUUCAGACUGUGGGGUUAUUCUGGAUAAGUUGAACAAGAAGCUUAACUGUUGGGCGAGUAGGAACUUGUCUUUUGCUGGUCGUGCCCAACUCAUACACUCAGUAUUGCUUGGUAUUAGGAAUUUUUGGAUGAGUAUAUUCAUUCUUCCGUCCAAGAUUACUGCUGCCAUCGAUAAGAGCUGUCGAGAGUUUCUUUGGGGAACUAAUGGGAAUAGAAGUAAGUUGCAUCUCCCAUCAUGGGAAAAAGUUUGUCUCCCUAAAAAGCUGGGUGGUAUUGGCUUUCGUGAGGGUAAGAAAUGGAACUUGGCGUUGAUGGCUAAUUUUAUUUGGGCGAUUUCUUCCAAGCAUGACUGCCUGUGGGUCAAAUGGAUUAGUUCCAUCUAUUUGAAGGAGUUUAGCGUCUGGAAUGUGCCUAUUAGUCAGGAUAUGAGCUGGUAUAUCAAGAAAUUACUGAGGCUGAGACAUUUCAUGGAUGAGGAUAGCUUGAUGCUAGCUGUUAAGGGAGGUAAAUUUCAUAGUAAACAUUUCUAUUUCUCUCUUGUUUCUGCGCAAUCUGUGGGUUUUGCUGAGACAGUUUGGAACAAGAUUAUUAUGCCUAAGCACAGGUUCAUUUACUGGAAAUUUUUUAAUAAUCAGCUACUUACUAGAGACCACUUGAGCCGGUUUAUACAUAUUACCUCUGUUCUCUGCCCUGUGUGUGAUACUGGCGUAGAAACACAUAGUCAUUUGUUUAUGGAGUGUAUAUAUUCCAGGAGAGUGUAUGAGGAAAUUGGUAGAUGGCUAGGUGUUUUCCAUUGGCCUGAAUCUUAUGAGGAGCUCACUCAUUGGUGUUUAUUGGCCAAACAUAGCUUGAAGAAUCAGAUAAUUAAUGUUGUUAUAGCAGCUUCCUGGUACUUCAUUUGGUGCAACAGAAACUGUUGCAUUUUCGAUUCAAUUUGUAAAAUGGCCAGUAGCCUUAGUUUGGAAGUCAAAGAAGUAGUUAAGUAUAGAGUAUUGAGUUGGGGUUCUUUCUCUCAUCACAAAAAGGAUGUAUUUUUACGCCAAAUUGUAGAAAGUUGGUAG